AUGAAGUGCAUUAUAAUAUGGUAUACUGUGUUGGACCUGAAAGAUGCUUUCUUUUGUAUUCCUCUGUCUAUUGUUUCUCAGGAUUUAUUUGCCUUCAAAUGGGAGGAUCCUGAGGGGGGACGCAAAUGCCAGCUGACGUGGACACGAUUACCACAAGGAUUCAAGAACUCACCCACCAUCUUUGGGGAGGCACUGUCAAAGGACCUGGUACCCUUUGGUGAAAAUAACCCCAAUGUCUCCCUUCUACAAUAUGUAGAUGACUUGUUGCUAGCUGCAGAAACUCAGGAGGCGUGUGAGGAUGGGACAAAGAGGCUGUUAGAACUACUACAGGAUAAGGGAUAUCGAGUCUCUAAGAAAAAUGCUCAGGUAUGUGUUCAAACUGUGAAGUUCCUGGUGUUCACAUUGAAAGGGGGAACCCAUUCCCUCUCAGCCUCUCGGACCCAGGCUAUCCAGGGGCUGAAGGAGCCAAGGAACCGAAAGGAGUUACGAAAAUUCUUGGGAACGGUGGGGUACUGCUGUCUAUGUGUGCCAAACUUUGGUACUAUUGCCAAACCCCUAUAUGAAGCCUUGAAAGGGGGCAAUAACCUUCCCUUGGACUGGACUCAGAACGGGAAAAAGACAUUUGAUGACUUAAAGAGGGAGCUACUGAGUGCUCCUGCUUUGGCUUUGCCAGACAUUACAAAGCCCUUUCAGUUGUUCAUACACGAGAGGGAAGGGAUUACAAGGGGAGUUCUGACUCAGACUUUAGGGCCGUGGAGGUGCCCAGUGGCAUAUUUGUCGAAAAGACUGGACUAUGUGGCAGUCGGAUGGCCAACCUGUUUGUGAGCUGUUGCAGCUGCUGCUGUCCUGGUUAAGGAAGCUGAUAAAUUAACCUUGGGACAGAAGUUGAGUGUGUUUGUGCCCCAUGGAGUGGAGACCCUACUGUUUGUGGAUGGAAGCAUGGAUGCCACGCUCUUCACAGACGGAGACAACUAUCUCCAUGAAGGUACUCAAGUGUCGGGGGUGGCGGUCACUACUGAAACUGAGGUCAUUUGGGCAGAGCCCCUAGAAGCUCACACCUCUGCACAAAAGGCUGAACUUGUAGCCUUGACUCAGGCCCUAAAAUGGGCCAAAGACAAGACUGUCAAUAUCUAUAUGGACAGUAGAUAUGCCUUUGCCACUCUACAUGUCCACGGGGCCAUUUAUAAAGAACGAGGCCUGUUAACCUUGGAGGGAAAAGCCAUCAAAAAUGCCUCCAAAAUUUUGGACUUGCUAGCGGCUAUUUGGGAGCCCAAGAAGCUUGCAGAUUUAUUUGCUCAAGGGAACCAACUGGCAGACUCUACUGCCAAACAGAUUGCGCUAAAAUCAGUGGGGUCCACUGUGUUGGCUGUAGUUACUCUCCCCCCACCUUGGCUGGAUACUCCAGUUUAUUCUGAUUCAGACAUAAAAAACACUUGGGGCCCAGAUACUACGAGAGACUCAUCACAAGCCAUGCAUUUAGGGGGAACUAAACUUGCUCAAUUGCUCCGGAAAACUUACUUUAUUCCUAAUCUUAUAGCCAAAGCCAAGGACAUUAGUCUAAGAUGCCCCCACUGUGCUCAAGUAAAUCCCAAGGGCAAAUCAUCUGGUGAUCCCCCUCAACAACGACAGAGAGGACAAAAUCCAGGAGAACAUUGGGAGACUUUCACUGAGAUGGGUCCUGGACGCCAUGGAUACAAAUAUCUACUGAUCCUAGUGGAUACUUUUAUGGGAUGGCCUGAGGCCUUUACUACAAGGACUGAAUUGGCUUUGAUUGUAACCAACAAAUUGCUGUCUGAGAUUGUGCCUUGAUUUGGUCUGCCUUUAGUAAUGGGGUCCGAUAAUGGUCCUGCUUUCAUAGCUCAGAUAACCCAAAAUUUAGCUGAGUGUUUACAGGUUGAUUGGAAGCUCCACUGUGCCUACCGGCCUCAAAGUUCUGGACAGGUAGAACGUAUGAAAAGAACCAUCAAGGACACAGUUUCCAAGAUGGCUCUGGAGUCUGGUGAAAACUGGGUGAGUCUCCUACCUUUUGCCCUCCUGUGUGCUCGGUGCACCCCCUACAUCCAGGGUAUUACCCCCUUUGAGACUAUGUAUGGGAGACACCCCCUCUGGUACCCAAGCUCCAUAAUGUCCAUUCUGAAACCAUACGUAACCAAGACCUCAUUAAGUCCCUCCAGGUUCUACAGCCAGUGCUUCAAGAGGCUCAUCGCCUCUUCAGAGAACAUCAUCAAUGGAAUACUGACCAACUGGACUCCCCACCCAUUGCAAAGCCCUCUGAAUCAAGGAUUUGAUUCCCUCCUAAAAUCAUCCAGAACAUUUGGAGGUCCCACCGAGAUGCCCUAUAGGGGGCGCUAUCGAGCCGGAUCACUUUACCCCCGGCAGCCACCUGUCAGGGGGCUUAUCAAGAAGAUGUGCCUCGACCCCGACGGGCUUCCCUGCCUAGGGUAA